AUGUCCAACAAUAUUCCCGACGUCCUGUAUCGCUGCUGGUCCACGAAAAGCGCCAGCGAUUUGAGAAGCAGCAAAGUACACAAUGGUGUUCGUCCGCACCAAUUUACACGAGCUCGACUGCUCCAAGAGUUUCAGCAGCACAGAAAUCUGUAUAGUCCCACACCCACAGCCUUCGUGUCGACGACGUCCAACUUCCUUCGAGCUCUCCAUAUUUCCUAUAAGAAAAUGUGGCUUGGCGAAGAUGGACAAGAUAUCAUGAUUGCAUUCUUCACGACUCGAGCGGAUGCUCGAACCAAAAUCUACCCUGCUCGAGACUUUGCAAUCGAAAGCGGGAGCUCAGAGGAAGAAGUCAAGAAUUUCGAAAACGAAUACAUUUUCCUUUGGGAAGUGCCAGACGACAACGUGAUCCAUAUCGUUUCGAUGGACCUUGUCAUCCGAAGGGGAUUCGCUCUGCCUGGAACCCGCACUGGUGAGCUUUUUCCUAGCCUGUCCGAGCUGCGGAGCGCAAUGAAAGACUAUGGAGAUCAGCUUUCUCCUUUCGAGAGGGCUACCUUUGCGGAACAGCUGCCUGCAUGUUUGGAAACAGGGCACCCAUAUAUGAUAUCGCCUACGAUAUGUCCCGGUGGGCUUGCGCUGGUGCCUAUAACGCCAAAGGCUGGAAGGUUGUCGACAAGAUGA